AUGAGUUCCGCACGUUUGGCUGCGUACGCGGCCAUCGGCCUCUCCUCCGUAUGUGUGAUUAUCACCUUAUUCUAUUUGCCGGUGUUCGUAUCGAAAAUUCACGCGAUCCAGCACAGGCUUGCCCGGAAUGUGGACGAGUUUAAUGCUAUGCAGACAGAGAUAUGGAGUGAUCUACAGCUAGCACGCACUGAAACACCAACGCGUAAGGUAACUAAACGUCAGGCAGAACCAGAAUGCGUGUGUAGCUACGAAAACGCAUGUCCUGCUGGAGAAAAAGGUCGACCUGGUAUGGAUGGCCUUGAUGGAACUCCUGGAAUGCCUGGCGAACCUGGAGAAGUGGGUCAACCUGGCAUUGUGCCUCAGGUGCAAGUGAGUGCAAGCGGUUGUCGCGUAUGUCCCCAUGGACCGAAGGGACCAAUUGGUUACCCCGGUCAACCUGGACCUCAAGGACUACCUGGUGUCGAAGGACCACCAGGAAACCCUGGGCGACCAGGAAAUGAUGGAGUGCCUGGUCCACCGGGAUCUAUGGGUGAGCAAGGAGAAGCUGGAAAACAGGGCGAGAAAGGAGCACCCGGAGCAACUGGCAUUCGAGGAGAAAAAGGCCCUAUUGGACCACCUGGCGUUACGGGAAUGGUUGGACCGAGAGGGUAUUCAGGAAACAGCGGAUCACCUGGUCAACCUGGUACCAUGGGAGCUCAAGGAGAUGCUGGACCACCAGGAAAACCAGGUGCGCCUGGAUUCGCCGGUGGUCCUGGAAACUAUGGAGGACCUGGAUUACCUGGCGAAGAUGCUGGCUACUGUCGUUGUCCUGCCAGAAGUCCGAGUAACAAAAAGUUGUAA